UUGAGUGUAUUAAAUGAAGGCUGUGUGAGACGCGCAGGGAAUGUUUGUUUGUUUAUUUGUUUAACAUUGAUGUCUUUAUAAUUGAGAAGCACUAACUGAACUGACCGGGUUUACCGUCUACCGUGCAAUAUUUGGUGUUGAAGAAAGAAGAUAUUUCGCUUGGCUGUAGGGUGAAUAACGAACCGGUGUCCACUCCGCCAACCUUUGUUUUGAACCGACAGAGUUGAGGUGUUCCGGGGGAAUCGAUCAUGCCUCGUCAGGGAAGUAAAAAACAGUCCUCGGUUACCAAAUCAAAGACAAACACUUACCAGAAUCAGGAGGAUGUUUAUAAAAUGAAAAGGACUCCCUCCUCUCCACAAGGAGGCCCCAAGAAAAGAUCUGCCUUUAUUGAUCUGACCAAUACAACCAAAACCCACACUGGCAUCCAAAUGAAAAGUGGCAAAACGGACAGUAGGGCUCCAGAUGGCAAAGUGAUCUGCAGGACUCAUGCCAUACGCACAGAUUCUAAGGAUUUCUCUUCUGACGAACAGCCCAAGAAAGCUGAAUUUAAACAGGAGGAUUCGCCACUAGAUGGCUUCAGUGUCUGCCAACCUGAUGAGCCGUCUGCCAUCCAAGAACAAAAGGUGCCUGAGGAGUUUGACAUUGAUAAAGAACAUGCUGGUGACUGUUUCAUGAGCCCUGAAUAUGCCAAAGAAAUCUUUGACUACCUUAAGAUCAGAGAGGAGAAAUUUAUCUUAAGUGAUUACAUGCACAAUCAGCCAGACCUGAACCAAGACAUGCGAGCCAUUCUUAUUGACUGGAUGGUGGAGCUACAGGAAAACUUUGAGCUGAACCACGAGACUCUGUAUUUGGCAGUGAAGAUCACAGAUCACUACCUGUCAGUGACUGUCGUUAUGAGGGAGUUGCUGCAGCUCAUUGGCUCCACCGCAAUGCUCAUCGCUGCCAAGUUUGAGGAACGGUGUCCUCCAUGCGUUGAUGACUUCCUCUACAUUUGCGAUGAUGCCUACAAAAGACAGGAGCUCAUUGCCAUGGAAAUGAACAUCUUACGGGGACUCAACUUUGAUAUUAACAUCCCAGUGCCUUACCGAUUCCUCAGACGCUAUGCAAAGGUAGCCCAUGUGAAUAUGAAGACCCUAACGCUUGCACGCUAUGUGUGUGAGUCGAGUUUGCUGGAGGUAGAGCUCGUGUCAGAAAGAGCGUCUCGCCUGGCCUCUGCCUGCCUUCUACUGGCUCUCAUCACCCAAGGCCUUGGAGGAUGGACUCCAGCUCUGCAGUAUCAUAGUGGCUACUUACUGGUUGACUUGAGUCCUUUGGUGAGGAAGUUGUAUGCGAUGCUGGCAAGUCCUUCAAAUGACAAACUUAAAGCCGUGGACAACAAAUACUCCCACAGAGUCUUUUUUGAGGUGGCAAAAAUUCCCUUGGUUCAUACUGACACAUUGGAAGAGGCAUUAAUGGUAAUCUGAGAAGGUUUUUUUUUUUUUUUUGUAAAUAUGUUAUUUAUUACUUUGUAUAAAUAUAUUGUGUAAUUGAGUACAGUAAUUUUCCAGGCUUUUUAUAUUAUUAUUAUUAUUAUUAUUUUUAUUGUUGGGAUAUUAUGUUGUCACACAUAAGACAGAAAUUCAUAUGACUGUUACCAAAAUAUGUUGAUCAGUGUUUAAACUUAUUGAUAUUUGCAUUAGGAAAAGGCUAAUUUUAUGCCUUAAGUGUCAUUAAAAUGUGAUUAACUUGUUGAUUUUGCCAUUGUAAUGGGCAUGUUUAUAUGAAUUUGCAUUAAGGAUUUUAUGUUUAAAAUAUUUUACGAUGUUUAUCAUAAUAUUUCUUGAUGGAACCAUGUUGCACUGAAAUAAUGCUAUUUUUAAAUGGCUUUGUUUUAAAAAAAAAAAAAAUUAUAAUAAUAAAGAAGAUGGUCCCUCUUGUUCUAUUUCAC